CAUAGAUUGGAGCCGCAACACCACUCCGACAUCACCACUUCUUUUCUUGCCCUACAGCUCCAAUUACAGCUAAUCAUUGCUUGCAGAAUGGCGGACCUCCCAGCACGGCCUCCUGCAGGUCUACCGCCUCUACCUCCAGGCUGGUCGGAGCACAAGGCACCAACAGGCCAUACAUACUACUACAACCGCGACACCGGAAAAUCCACCUACACCCGCCCCGUCGUCCCCAUUCAAACCCUCCACCGACCCGUCUUCGCCCCCGCUCCCGCUCCCGCAACGUCCUCAUUCCCCAACGUCUUCCCCACUCAGGACACCUUCAACGCACACCAUCCCGCCUUCAACUUUGGCGCCCCUUACCAUGGGGGAGACCACCGAGGCGGUCACCGAGAUGGUCACAGAGGCGCACACCGUGGAGGUCCGCAUCAUCACCAACCCAAGGACCGCCCGAAGCACCGCACCGACAUUCCCAAUUGCGCACCAUGGGUGCUCGUGCGGACGAAGCUGGGAAGACGCUUCGUCUGGAACAAGGACACCAACGAGUCGUUUUGGAAAUUCCCGCCGGACGUCAUGAAAGCUGUUAUCGAAAUGGACCGUAGAGGACGGGAGAAGAAGGAGCGCCGCGAGCGAGGGGAACCGAGCAGUGAUGAAGGGGAAGGCGAGCGUGAAGAUGUGCUGGCGGAGGUGGAGGCGGAGCUUGCGGUGAAGGAAGAUGAGAUAAGAGGGCAAAUCGUUGAAGUCGAAGGGGAGGAGGGCAUGGAAGGGGACAGCGAGUAUGAGGAAGUGGAAGUUACGGACGAUGAAGGGGAAGAGGGAGGCCCUUCAAAGCGCCAACGCACGGAAGAACCGUCCGCCCAACCCGAAGGCUCGCCCCAACCCAUGGAACUAGGGGAAGACGACCUAUCCUGGCAACUCGCGCAAAUGGAGGCUCUCGAAAACGGACAUGCGUACUACGAAGGAGGAGAAGGGGAAGAGGAAGAAGAAGGUCUUCCCCUAACAGAAGAAGACUGCCAAGCCCUCUUCCGUGAACUCCUCGACGACAUGCACAUGUCUCCUUACACGCCGUGGGAAAAGGUGCUGGAAAAUACGGCCCUGUACGACGACGACAGGUACAAAGCUUUGCCCAACAUGCGCGCACGUAAAGAGUGCUUCGACGCUUGGAGCCGUGACCGCAUCGCCGAGAUAAAAGCGCAGAGGGCACAACAGGCAAAACGCGAUCCGAAAAUACCCUAUCUAGACUUCCUGCACAGGUACGCUACGAGCGGCAAACUCUACUGGCAAGAAUUCCAAAGGAAAUAUCGAAAAGAACCCGAAAUGAAGGAUUACAAACUUCCGGAUAAGGAAAAGGAGAAACUGUACAGAGAACAUGUGAAGCGGUUAGCCAUGAGGCUCGCGGAUCGGGAAGCGGAUUUGAAAGCAUUGCUCCAGGCACAACCGUUAGGGAAGCUGAAUAAUCGCACGACGCUGGAUACGCUGCCGGACGCGGUAAGGGCUGAUUUGCGGUUUAUCUCUCUGCCGGGGCCGGCGAGGGAUUCGUUGGUGGAGCGGUUCAUUUCUACGCUUCCGCCACCGCCGGAGGAUGCUCAGCAAGCUGGUUUGUCGGAAGAGCAGCAGGCCGAGUUGGCGAAGAAAAAAGCGGAGCGAGAAAGGAGAGAGCGGGCGCUUCGGGAACGGGAAGAUCGAGUUAGGGAGGAGAGGAGAAGAUUAGAGAGGGAAGCCGCUUUUGGGAGGGAGGCGCUCAGGGAAGGUGAGGAAGAGAUUCAGAGGGCGAUGAGGUUGGGGAAGGAAGGGUUGCGAGGAAGAUUGGAAGGGGAGGAGUAGGGCCUAGAGAUUCACGAAUAUGUAUUCUAUGUCAUGUAUCUAUGUCCGUUUGGCCGAUAUUAAGAUAUAUCUCCUCCUAUGCGGAUACCAAUAGCACUGAGAACACUUCACUCUGGCAACGCAAGGCUAGACCGCCUCUGCCAGAUCUAUGCUUUCUGCCCAC